GACGCCUUGUUUACUGCAGGGCACUGGGACUUGGGGCUUCUGGGGUGGAUGCUUAGUGCACGAGCCGGAGGCAGAGCCUGUCCUAGGACAUUUGCCAACACGUUCCUCUCGACAGGUUUUGCUUGCAUUUGCAUUUUACAGAUAAGGGAACUGCGCAUAGGGUAAAUAAUUCAGGGACGUGCCUCUUGUAUUUGAAUCCAGGAAGCUCAGUUUCAGAACCAGUGAUCCUCAGUGCUGUGGUGUCUUGGGAGGGAGAAAUGCGAGAGAUUUGGGUUUCUUUACCACCCUGGUCCCGGAAGAGGCAUCUCGAGGCUUCAGUCUGUACAGAAGCAAGGGAAUCCAGCCAGGAAUGUUGGAAGGGCAUCAAGGCUAGUGGAACUGGACUGUCCUGACACUUCAUCUAUUCCAAUCGCUCCUUUUAUCCCUAAGGAAAGAGAGACCCUGAAUGGGGAGAGACUUGUCCAAGGUGACAGGCAAGUUAGUGGUGGAGUGGACAGCAGAGCCCAGGCCUCCUAUUGUCCAGUCCAGCGCCCCGUCCAUCAUAGCGUGCUGGCAGUGACAGGAAGUAGGACAGAGCCUGGAAAUGCGUGUCUCAUCUAAACGGGGGUGGUGGAGGUAUUGCCAUUAGCUGUUAAGCUGGAACAGGGAUCACCCUUGACUCAAAUAACUUUUCUCCAGAACUGACUUCCCAAGGUCACGUGCCAGAUUCCCUGUAGGCUGUGUCUCUGGGGCAGCUUCACUGCUGGCAUGUCUCCUCCUAACAGGCCUUUCCUUCCCUGCAGAGGACCUUCUGGGGAGGAAAGAGGUGCUCUGAACAUGACCCAAGUGGCCUUGCAGCUUUGUUCCGGCUCUAAUCCCUGGUCAGGCAGAUGGGCAGAGCUCGGGGCAUGCCUCAUGUGCCGUCAGCUCCCAGCUGACACUGGCCCACUCGGCACCUGGGGACUCGCUUGGCUCUGGCAACCUGGGCCAGACUUGAUAAGAGGCACCAUCAAGCACGGCCUGACUGUGGAGGACCUCAUCAUGACAGGCAUCAACUACCUGGACACUCGCAGUAACUUCUGGAGGCAGCAGAAGCCCAUCUACGCCCGGGAGCGGGACCGGAAGCUGAUGCAAGAGAAGUGGCUGCGGGACCGCAAACGCCGCCCCUCACAGACAGCCCACUACAUCCUCAAGAGCCUGGAGGACAUUGACAUGUUGCUAACCAGUGGCAGUGCUGAAGGCAGCCUUCAGAAAGCUGAGAAAGUGCUGAAGAAGGUUCUGGAAUGGAGCAAAGAGGAGGUGCCCAACAAGGAUGAACUGUUAGGGAACUUGUACAGCUGCAUAGGGAACGCCCAAAUGGAGCUGGGGCAGAUGGUGGCAGCCCUGCAGAGCCACAGGAAGGACCUGGAGAUCGCCAAGGAAUACGAUCUUCCUGAAGCCAAGUCCAGAGCCCUGGAUAACAUUGGCAGGGUUUUUGCCAGAGUUGGGAAAUUCCAGCAAGCCAUUGACACGUGGGAGGAAAAGAUCCCUCUGGCCAGAACCACCCUGGAGAAGACGUGGCUGUUCCAUGAGAUCGGCCGCUGCUACUUGGAGCUGGACCAGGCCUGGCAGGCCCAGAAUUACGGCGAGAAGUCCCAGCAGUGCGCCGAGGAAGAAGGGGACAUCGAGUGGCAGCUGAAUGCCAGUGUUCUGGUGGCACAGGCGCAAGUGAAGCUGAGAGACUUCGAGUCAGCCGUGAACAACUUUGAGAAGGCCCUGGAGAGAGCCAAGCUCGUCCACAGCAAUGAGGCACAGCAGGCUAUCAUCAGCGCCUUGGAUGAUGCCAACAAGGGCAUCAUUGAAGAGCUGAAGAAAACCAGCUACAGGGACAUACUCAAAGAUAAGAAGGAGAAAGAAGACGUGUUGGACAAUACAUCAGCAAAGGAGAAGGAAGCGACAAGGAGAGUGAGAGAUGAACCCGAGAAGGUGAUGAAGCGGUGGGAGCACGAGCAAAUGGAGACUGAGAAAGAGAUGGAAGGUGACCUGUCUAAGGACACCCUGGGGAUCGCAGCCAGUGGACAAGAAGGACAUGAUCAGAGAGGAGCCAUAGAAAAAGCCAGCCCCUUAAGGAGAACAGAACAGGCAGCGAUGGGGAGGGAUCCAGGAGAGGCUGCCAAAGAACACUUGGGAGAAGCAGGCAGAACACUAUCCGAACUGAAGAGAGGAGAAACGAGAGAAAUUUACAGGAGGCCUUCAGAUCUGGACCAAAACCUCUCAGAGGAAUUAAGCACAAGGGAACCGGAAGUCCUGGAGAAGAAACUUUCAGAAACCGGCAGAGGAGAGUCGGAAAGGUUGGAGAAAACAGAAUCGGAAGAAAUAGGAGAAACGGAAAACACUGAAGAAAAUACUGAAGAAAUGAAAAAAGACGAGAAGGAAGAUGAGGUAGCCCUGGAGUAGGCAUUAGGAUCGGGAUGCUGGGGUUCACAGGGACCGUGGAGGUCUUAUUAAACCGGACCUUCACGCUGAGUUCUGUCUCUGCUAGAAAAACACAUGCACUGGGUCCCCCAGGUCAUCUCUGUCUCUUUUACUGUUUUCCCUUGAAAUACGUAGCUUUCACUCUCACAAA